GAUACCAUUCCCAUCGCCGUGCGAGGGCAAGCGGGGCACCAUGCCCUCACGAAUGACACCCACACUUGGUGGAGUGCGGUCACUACCGGGACGGACAUGGUCGUCGAGGUGCCUUUCUCCCGUUGGGGGCACUUCGAUGGGAUCUACGACCCUGAUCCCAACUGCUGGAUGGAGUCCGUGACCUUUCCAGGUGGCGGCAUCCUGAAGACCAGCGUGAAGCACGUGCAGUUCAUCGAGGGGUCUGAGCUCUUUGACAACAAGUUCUUCGGCAUCUCGAAUAUGGAGGCCCUGGGCAUGGACCCCAUGCAGCGGCACGUGCUGGAGACCAGCUAUGAGGCUCUCCACGGCGCAGGCUACCGAAAGCCUCAGCUCCUGCGAUCGUACAUCGCGGUCUUCACAGGGUGCACCAAUCCGGAGUACGCGUAUGUGCCCCACGAUAUGGGCGCCCUCUCCGGGGCAGGCGCCUCCCAGGCAAUUACUUCGAAUCGAGUCUCUUUCCAGCUCGGCUUGAUGGGCCCCUCCACCUCCAUCGACUGCGACCUCAGCUCCGCAGCCAUGGCCAUGACCCUGGGGAACUCCGCCGUCUCCAACCAGAACAUCCGUCGCAACCAAUCCGGGGGCACCAGCACGGCGGCUCUGAUCAGCGGGGUCUACUUCUGCUUGACUCCUGUCAUGUGGCCCCGAUGGAAUGCCUUCAUGAACCCCGCAGGCCGAGCCUUCAGCUUUGACCAGCAGGCCAAUGGCUACGUGGUGGGCGAGGGCUGCCUCACGGUGGUUCUGAAGCCUUAUGCGGAGAAGGUGGAGCAAGAGCUGGUAGUGGCGAACGAGCCCUCCGUCGGCAACAUGGUGGGCUGGCACAUUGUGAACAAUGGCAGGAACGCAGGCCUUGCGGCUCCCAGCGGCCCCAUGGAACAGGAGGUCAUCGCAGAGUCCUUCCGAAUGGCUGGCUUGAGCCCGCUGGACGUGGAUGGCAUGGAAUGCCACGCGGAAGGCUCCCGCCUGAGCGAUGCUGUGGAGCUCAGCGCAUGUGUGGCGGUGCUGCGGAGAUGUGAGGGCGGGGACAAGGAGAUGCUGAUCUUCGGGUCCUGCAAAGCUAAUACCGGGGUGCAGCGAGAGGCUUGCUUCAUGUCAGGCUUCCUGAAGGUGAUGCUGAACAUGAGAUAUGCCAACAAUCCGCCCGCCAUCCACUUGAAGCAGUUGAACCCCUACUUCGAGGCUGGAGAUGCGGCGCAUUGCAUCAACACCGAGUCAAUGCCCUACCGCGACAGCCGGGUGUUUCACGGCAUCGGGUCGCGGGGCUGGGGCGGCACCAGCAUCAACCUGGUCUGCUGGGGCGCAGCUGAUGCUAGCAUCGUCCCGGUGUCGAGGCCUAAACUCUUCAGGCGAUCCUUCGCCUACUGGCCGGCUGAUGCAGAGAAAACUGAAGAGGUCACCAGCUACUACCUGGCGGGUUCCUGGAACAACUGGCAGCCACAGCCCAUGAGUCGUGGCUCGGAUGGGUGCUUCACCGGCACCGUGACGCUGGGCCCAGAAGGCUUCGAGAGCUUCCAGGUCUGGGUGGAAGGAGACUCGCGCCAGGUGCUGCAUCCGGAUCGGCCCAAUGCGGCGUCCGGCAGCCGCGCGUUGGGGCCGGACCCACUGGACCUCAUCCAGCAGUACCACCUCAAUUGGCUGAUCGACGGCCGUGCCCUGGCUGGACGCGAAUCGGCAUUGACGUCUACCCAGCUGCCGCAGCCUGCGGAGUUGGCGCGGGCGAGGGACGCCGGCGAGCCUGGGGACGAGUACCAAGUGAAGCUGUGGAGUGGCAAGUUCCAGGCUGUAGCCUGGGAGCGCCGGAAGCCCGCGUUCUGAGAGGUCGAUCGCUUGGUGUACAUAGGACCUUAGGAGCUUAUGAGGAGAGAUCAAAUCGGAGCCUUCGAAAAGAACCACUCCUUUGAUGAGAAGCGUCUUUCUGGGGCUGGGAUUUGGCGCCUUUGGUCUCCUCCCAAGUCGGCUCUGGU